AUGGUAUUACCUUUAAAAAAUAAUGAAACUAAAGCGAAAAAAUAUUGGGUUUCCCAAGUAGCUGGAUGUGGUGUUUACGUGCGCAACAACAUCCAAGAUAUUGUAUUACAUGUUACCGACAAUCACAAUCAUUUACCAUAUCCAGAAAAUAUACCAUUAAAAAGAUUUAGCACUAAAGUAAAACAACGUGUGAUGAAAGAAACAACUCCAAUCACAAAGAUUUAUGAAGUAGUUGGUGCAUCUGAAAUGCGACCACAAACAUUAGCAAUUAUACCAUUAGCACGAGACCUACGUAGGGAGAAAAUUAUUGAAGCGCCUAUUUGUAUAUUGAAAAUUUCAUACUAG